UUUCAGAUAGCAGAUUCAUUUUCUUUGAAACUACCGUCGUUUCAGCAAUUUGGAGAAACAUCUUCACAGGACGGUCUUAAUUCAUUCGCUUCUAUCGUUCAUCUUAUCACAAACCUCGUUUCUGACUUGCUAAGCAUAGGUGAUCCGAGCGAUUGUCGCCCAGGAGGAGCGGCUGCCGGGUCUAAUGUUAUUCCUUCUUCUACAUCAGAUGGACUCAAGGAACAAAUUGAGCAUCCUCUUGUCUCUCUUCCUCGGAUAUCACCAAUCUUUGCAAAUUCAUUCUUGGCCGCUAUCUGUCUUGCAUAUGGUUACGCAGAGAUGGGAAAUUCCCCAACCUAA